CGGUGCAUUCAGUGAGUAAAUCAUUGCUGACAGUGAGGCAAGCAGCAUCAGUGAUGGCUCACAGCUUCACUCAGGAGUAUUUUCAGAUCCCCGUGGUGACCCGAGCCUACACGACCGCCUGUGUGCUCACCACCGCUGCUGUGCAACUUGAGGUCAUCACCCCCUUCCAGCUCUACUUUAACCCAGACCUCAUCAUCAGAAGAUACCAGAUAUGGCGCCUGAUAACCAGCUUCCUCUUCUUUGGUUCUCUUGGAUUCAGUUUCGUGUUCAACAUCAUCUUUCUUUAUCGAUACUGUCGGAUGCUGGAGGAAGGCUGUUUCCGGGGAAGGACGGCGGAUUUUGUUUUCAUGUUCUUGUUUGGAGGAAUCGCGAUGACUCUGUUUGGUCUGUUCGCCAACGUCUUCUUCCUGGGCCAGGCCUUCAUCAUCAUGCUGGUGUACGUGUGGAGUAGAAGACAUCCGCUCGUACGCAUGAACUUCUUCGGCCUCCUGAACUUCCAGGCCCCGUUCCUCCCCUGGGUGCUCAUGGGCUUCUCGCUGCUGCUCGGAAACUCCAUCGUGGUCGACCUGUUAGGUAUCAGUGUCGGCCACAUGUACUACUUCCUAGAAGACGUGUUUCCAAACCAGCCGGGAGGAAGGAAGCUGCUGAUGACACCAGAUCUUCUGCGAGCCAUGUUCGACCGGCCGCAGGAUCCAGACUACCGCCCUCUCCAAGAAGAGCAGCAGGGUGGAGAUCUACAGGACGACGAGCCAAACAACUAACACAACCCCAAUCCCCAAAAUUUGGAUAAAUCAGAUGACGCAGAAAGACAGAAGAUGUGCAGCCCCAAGUUCUUGCAGAGGACAGUUCAGACAUAUAAGGACUGAACUGCAAGUCAGCAUCAUGAAUAGUCAAUGAUAUACGGCCAAAAAAACAAGUCUCAACUCUCUAUUAAGAAGACUGUGCUGCAGUUUAUUUACAACAGAAAGCAUCAUUUAAAAAAGCAAUGGGAAAUUACCCCAAAAUUCAAAGGAUGAUGGGUAAAUUAUGGGUAGAAGCAAGACCGAGCAGAACAAACUUAUAAAAGGUACCCUGUGGAGCUCUGGCAACUUUCAGCCCUGUGUUCAGUGGAUUGUCAGGAGCUAACCCUGCUCCAGAGAAGGGCCACUGUGAACGCUUUAUUAGCCUGGGGUUUAGUACGGAGUGAAAAGCCCUAAAGUAACCCCUAACCAUGAGAUGUGUAAAAAGCUAGUAAAUGGACCUUGAGUUGAGAUUUUCUGUCACAUGCAACGUUUAGGUCAAGAACGAACUUCCAAGCUCAAAAGAAAUUGUUAAAAACCACAAGCACUUUUAUAAGAGCUAAAUUUGUGUUCAUGCCCCAAUGUUGACAAAAUCCCAAACCUGGCGAUAAGCCAGAGAAACCGCUUCGCCUGACUACUUUUUACAAAGCUAUUCACUUUUUUGUAAGCAUAAAGAAAUAAAAAAAACAUCCUAAGAGAGCUCCAACUGUGUAAAAGAAGGAAAAAUAGCUGGGAACUGAUUUCUGACCACAGCUUGGCUGCUCUAGUGUCAACAGAACCAGAGGAGUAAACUGGCUUAGAAAGAACUGAAAAGGAGCAGGACUAACACGCUUGCCCUUGCUGUUGUGGCACUGCUGCUGGUUCACACAACAGCCGACGGCCUGAAAUCCCAUCAGCCCCAUCUGCACACUCUGCACUUUCACCCGCUGCCUUUGUGGGUCAAACACUGAGGCACAAAAUGGAAAUUGCUUAGCGCAACAACACGCAAACAAGUCCCUGUGGGACCCCCCCCGCUAACAACAAAACACAUACUUCAUCAUCCCUCAUAACCGCUGAUAAAUAUUAGUCAAGAAUCCAACUCUGUGUUUUCAGAGACUCAGCAAAGAGAGAACACACAGUCCACUAAUUUUUUUUCUUCAAACAUUGAUAAAUGAAACAGAGUGGUGUUUCAUCUUCAACAAACCCAUCUUUGACGGAGUGUAAAUGUACAGCAAAAAAUUUACUUUUUGUGUUUUUGCCAACUUAGAGAGGAAUUUGCCACCUAAAACCAUCAUGUGAGCUAUAAUUCAACAAGACAAGACAAAUCAAGCUCUUUCACUUUUUUUUUUAUUUUGUAAGAAUUAUUCAAAUGUACAAAAAGACAACAAAUACAACCUAACAAUAUAUUAUUUGAGACUGGCUGUGUGGUUUUUAUUCUCACUCUGUGGUCAGGUAAAAGUCAGUGGUCAAAGUGAGAGAGCAGCUUCUCCAUGCCGAGGGUUCGGAAGAGAAACAUGAAGGAUUUUCUACCGGGGGCUUUGCCAAACAGAACGUAAUAUUAACAUUGAUAAUUAAAAUUAAAAAAAA